UGCACGCGCACGCAUAAGCACAUACACACCAUCUCUCCAGCCUGUUGAUUUAUGGAAACAAUUAUAAUUCUGGUGGAGUCUUUCUGAGCUGAGAAAGUUUGUAGCUACAGUAGAGUGUCUCAUGUUGCAAAAAGGAGACAACAGAAAUGGAGUACUUGGGUAUCCAGCUCUUAUCAACAGGAACAAAUCUUUUACUUUCAGUGCAAGCAGCAAAUUCAAGUAGUAAAGAAGGUCACAACAACAAAGGUUUUUAUAACUUGUGUCUUUAAAGGAUAUUCUGACUGAAGAGAUAUUUUAAGAAGCUCUUCUAUUUCGCCAUUAACUAUUAAGGAAUAACGAUCAGAAUUCUAGAAGAGGGAGCAAUCUCACUUAAAUGAAUCUGUAACUCGUAAAGACAGAAGGCAGGUCGGUGACCUAAGAGCAACAGUCUACUUGAGAUUUAAUUUUCAUUAUGUUGUUCAUGAACACCCAGAACACUGCACUAUAAUGCACAAAUGGAUACUGACAUGGAUCCUGCCAAUUUUGCUCUACAGAUCAUACUUUUACAUUAUCUUUCUAAUGGGCACUAUAUCUUUAGCUUGCAAUGACAUGACUCCAGAGCAAAUGGCUACAAAUGUGAACUGUUCCAGCCCUGAGCGACACACCAGAAGCUAUGAUUAUAUGGAAGGGGGGGAUGUAAGAGUGAGAAGACUUUUCUGUCGAACUCAGUGGUAUAUGAGGAUUGAUAAACGAGGCAAAGUGAAAGGGACAAGAGAAGCAAACAACAACUACAGUAUUCUAGAAAUCCGAACAGUGGCAGUUGGCAUAGUGGCAAUCAAAGGAGUGGAAAGUGAAUAUUUUCUGGCAAUGAACAAGUCAGGACGGCUCUAUGGAAAGAAAGUAUGCAACGAGGACUGCAACUUCAUUGAACUGAUUGAAGAAAACCAUUACAAUACAUACGCUUCUGCAAAAUGGACACACAAAGGAAAGGAGAUGUUUGUUACACUAAACCACAAAGGGGUCCCCAUGAAAGGUAAAAAAACAAAGAAAGAACACAAAGCAUCCCACUUUCUUCCUCUGGCAAUAUCCUAAUCACAAAUAAUCUAUAAAGAACUAGUUCCAGCAGGAAGAUUAAUUUUAAGAAGACUGUUUGACAAGAUACCAAGAGAGGCUGGAAUACUACUGAGAAACUGAACAAGCUGGACUUGCGCAUUUAUGUUUAUUUUUAAGAGACUACAUGAAAAAGAUUUGAAAAUAUACACAAAACCUGAUUUACUAACUAAAAGUUGUAAAAAAUUCUAAAGAGUUGUACAAU